AACCGACUGAGCCAUCCAGGCGCCCCUGAGGGACACUUUUCACCGUGUAUUUUUGGUACCUUCUGAACUCUGAACUCUUAUCUAGUCAGUGGAUGAAUGAAUAAAUGUUAACAGGAAAAAAUAGAUGAAUAGUGGAGAUCCUGAUGUUGGUAAUAGCUUGAAUAAUAAAAGAUCUCUUCCAUAGGAAGGAAUGCUGUGUCACAAUCCCCAAAUCUCUGGGGUUCUUCAGGCCAGCAUUUCUUGGUUCUGCGGUGGCAUAGAUCUUGGCUGAACUCCAGACUUUAGUUUUGGGUUCAUAUCUGCAACAUGGAUCUUUGUUCUGAGAUCCAGGCUGAAAAAGCAAAAAUAUCUGGAACAUGCUUUCCUGAUGACUGAGGGUGGGAGGUCAAGGGAGCUUCUGGAAAUUUGCUAUGUCUUGGCUCAGAAGUGGGGGGGAGGGCACAAUACAGCUGUUACCUAAAUUUCACUGGUUAGUGUAGUGUCACGUAGUCAAGCCCCAAAUCAGUAGCGUGGAGAUGUAUGUAAACUGCGUACUAGGAUGCGCUGCACAGUCAUCUGACAAAAGGUGUGGGUAUGUAAUUCCAUAUGAAUUUUCUUAAGAUUUCCAUGUCAAGGUAUCUCAUUGGCUUUUCUUCUAUAAUGUCUGCUACCCCCACCCCUGACCCUGUAAGCAGCUCUGCGUCCCCAUGGUUUUCAGAACCUUGAAAGUAAUUAAGGAAUGCGUAUGUAGAGCACCAGUUCUUAGAGAAGUACUUCUAAAUGUGUUUAUUUCAGUCACUGUGUUCAUUCAUAGUUCUUAUGUCAUAUCCGUGUCUGCCAACCCACCUUUCACAACAGAAUCUUCUUUUCAGGGAGAUGUCCUUUGCUUCUCAGAUGCAGUGCACUUUAAGUUUGCUAUUCAGCAGUGAAAAUGAGUCAUACAGAGGUUAAAUUAAAAAUACCUUUUGGAAAUAAAUUACUAGAUGCCGUUUGUUUGGUACCUAACAAGAGCUUAACAUAUGGAAUAAUUCUUACACAUGGAGCAUCAGGAGAUAUGAAUCUUCCUCAUUUGAUGUCACUGGCAUCCCAUCUUGCAUCUCAUGGGUUUUUUUGCCUGAGAUUUACCUGUAAAGGCCUUAAUAUUGUACAUAGAAUUAAGGCAUAUAAAUCAGUUUUGAAUUACCUAAAGACCUUAGGAGAAUACAAAUUGGCAGGUGUUUUCCUUGGCGGUCGUUCAAUGGGGUCAAGAGCAGCUGCUUCUGUAAUGUGCCAUAAUGAGCCCGAUGACACUGAUGAUUUCAUCCGAGGUCUCAUUUGUAUCUCUUACCCACUGCACCAUCCAAAGCAGCAGCAUAAACUUAGAGAUGAAGAUCUCUAUCGAAUCAAAGAUCCUGUAUUGUUUGUGUCAGGUUCAGCAGAUGAGAUGUGUGAAAAGAACUUGUUGGAGAAAGUGGCACAGAAAAUGCAAGCUCCCAAUAAAAUCCACUGGAUUGAGAAGGCGAAUCAUUCCAUGGCAGUGAAAGGACGUUCAACAAAUGACGUUUUCAAAGAAAUAAAUACACAGAUUUUGUUUUGGAUCCAGGAAAUCACUGAAAUGGACAAGAAAUAAUUGUAUUUAGCUAAAAGCCAUGUUAUUUUGAAUACAAAUACAGUUCAUUUGAUAAAGAACAGCAUACCUCUCAUUUCAGAUGAAUUUAAUGUUCACCCAUUUUUAAAACAGGUUUUAAUUGUGAACUUAAUGUCCUUUACAAAAUAUCUUUUGAAAGCACUGUUAUAGUUGUAUAAAGAUGAUGUACAAAUAUUGAUGGUGGUCUAAAUAUAAUUUAUUUUCAUAAUAUAGUUAAGUUUUGAAGAAAUUAAACAUUUGAAUUUUGUUACAGUUCAA